UGCUCUCUGAUUUGUCCCGGCUGCAAGUAGCGCGAGCGGAGCGGAUCGACGAUGUCGCGUUGUUGUGGCGGUGGCGACGAGCGCUGCCGUUGAAGGCGGGUCUGCUACGCGUGUUCGCGCGGCGGCCGUGUCUGUGUGCGUGUGCGGUGCGGUGGCGUGUGUGCGGGCACGAUGCCGCAUGGCAGCGGCGGAGACGACUUGGCCUCCUCGGACGAGAUCAAAGUGUUCAAAGAUGAAGGCGAAGAGGAGAAGCGCUCCUCGGAGAACUUGACGGACCUCAAGUCCAGCCUGGUAACUGAAGGCGAGGAGGUAAGUGCCGCCGUCGCCGCUGCCAGGACCUCGGCUUGCCUCGCCGCGUCGUGCCACGCUGACUUUGGAGUAUCUCGGCUGCAGCAAGAUGCCUCGACCGCGAGGGGCCUGACGCCGACCUCGGGUUUGUGCCGGUUUUUGCAGGAGAAGAUAGUGGGCCUACCCGGGCAAGCGACCUCCGGCUACGCUUCGCCGAAGCCCACGCGGUCCGACGCCUUCGGUUCGCUAUUCGGAAAGUCUUCGUUCGAACCCAUUCCGGGGCCGUUUGGAUAUGUCGUUCCUCCUUACCACAACGGAGCCCUCGGCGCCGCCGUGUCAAUGGCGAGCAAGGGUCCGAUGGUGGCCUCUCCCCACCCGGGAUCGCCGCUCAAUUUUAUGGUCUACAACGAGCCUUUCUCGCAGCCACCGCCUGCUCACAUGGGCAUCCCGCCGGUCCACAUCGAUCCCAAGACGGGUAUCCCGAGGCCGUCCGUGUACCCGCUCACCUCACCGGGCCAAUACACGCACAGCAUGUUUUCCCAGGAGUUUGCGCAACAACUGCACUGGCACUCAGCAGCUGCUGGCAUGUACCCAAUGCCCCCGAUGGCUUCCGGGGGCUUCAGGGGAGGCAGUAGCUACGCGCCGCCUUUGCCCAGGAUCAACCCUCCUCUACUGCCUCCAAGUAUCAUGCCCCACGGUCUGCACCCGGCUCUAGUCACUCCGGGACCCAAACAAGAACUCUCCUCUCCUCUCCCCGACACAAGUGUGGCCCCUGCAUUUCCCAGGCACCCACUAGCCAUGUAUCACCCACUGGACUCCAAGUGCAACCAAGGUCGACCAAGCUCCCGUGGUGACCUGGUGAACGGCGUGUCGGGUCUCAACGGCCAUGGUGGUGGGCCACCUCCCAGCCAGCCACCCGGCCACCCACCCAGUAAUGGCAGCAGCAGCAGCAGCCAACCGCACCAGCCACAGCAGCAGCAGCAUAAUGGCACAGAGAAGAAGCCCCAAAAGCCGACUAACCAUGUCAAGAAGCCCCUCAAUGCCUUCAUGCUGUACAUGAAGGAAAUGCGUGCCAAGGUAGUCGCUGAGUGCACCCUCAAGGAGAGUGCGGCCAUCAACCAGAUUCUUGGGAGACGGUGGCACAGCCUUUCCCGAGAGGAGCAGUCCAAGUACUAUGAGAUGGCACGCAAGGAGCGGCAGAUUCACAUGCAACUUUAUCCGGGCUGGACGGCGAGGGACAAUUAUGCUAUCAACAGCAAAAAGAAGAAACGCAAGAAGGACAAGAGUCAGGAUGGAGAUCUAAACAAUCCCAAGAAGUGCAGAGCAAGGUUUGGCUUGGAUCAGCAGAGUGAUUGGUGUAAACCAUGUCGCCGAAAGAAGAAAUGCAUCAGGUACCAAGAGGGGCCUGAUGGCAAUGCAAAUGAGAGUGAGGACAACAUAGGCUCGGUGGAAGCCCCAACGCCUGAGUCGCACACAAGCCACGGGGGUGGAGAUACAACCACCACAACAAGCACCGGCAGCCCCUGCACCAGCCUAGGCACCCCUGAGCCAAGUCCUGGGCCACCCGCACGACGUGCAGACUGCUACAGCCUCAACAAGCACCACCCUCUCAGUGUGCACCAUCUGACAGGACAGCCACUCGUUAAGAGGGAGCCCGACGAUCCCGUUGACAUUCUGACACCUCCAUCCACGGAUUCCUCCACUACCCCAUCUUCCUUGCCCCUAUUGACGGUCACGUAGCAAGAGCUGCCAGUGGGGCGUUGUCUUGUGCCCCGAGGACAGUGCACCGACUGGGUGGCUCCCUACUUGCACAUGUGCACAGGACUCCUUCUCCACUCCUCGCAGACUCCUUGAGUGCACUUGCAGCCAGCACACGUGACUGGUGUAGUGCAAGUCUUGGAGAUGGGCGCCUUCAACUGAACAGUACUAGGCCUCUGAUGGCUGAGAGAUGCUCGGUGGCCGCAGGUUGUGUUGCAUGUACAUGCAAAAGCCCUCAAGAUUAGUUCGAAGUCACCAUAGCAGUAGGGAUUAAAUCUUCUCCUGUGAGGUGCAUUGGUACAUAUACACUUGCCAUUGGCCUUGUGAUGUCUGCCCUCACCGACUUGAUCCCGAUUCCCAAACCACACUUCUUCGCUGUGCGCAUUAUGUCAUCAUCACCAGGAAGCUGUUGCAGUGUGCCCACAUUGGUGCAAAAGUAGUGCCGUGAGGGCAACCUAUGAAGGGUCCCUUUCCUUGACUGUGGAAUCGUAUAAUUUCUCUAUACAAGAUUAAGGUGGCACGUUAAAGGCACUCUAAUGUGCCGUCUGUAGGGGUUGGUUGAGGAUUCGCAGAGAGCGGUCUUUGAAAGAGGUAGUAAGUGGCUGUGUUUAUCAUGACAGAAUGGUGCCACAAAGGCAGUGAACAGCAUCCUUUUGCUGCCUUGACGUUUGACCGAAACUAUCAUUUUUAUGACAAGUGUCUGAGCCAAAGCUUCUGACGCCUAAGGAGAAGAGUAUUUGCGUAUGCCUGAAAUGGUAGCUCCUACUACACUCUUAAAAGGGACUGUGCCUAUCUCAGUGGCUCCUUGCUGUUUUGGCUAUUGAACAUUUGAUAAGUUUCCAGACUACGGUCAAUGCUGGACAGCAGGGUUUAAAGUCUUGUUUUAUGACAAGGUGUGUGUACCCAACUGUAAAAUUUUCAGGAAAUGGGAGUUUCACUUGUGAUUCACCUGUGAUACACAGGCUGCACAUUGAAGAGCACAGUGUGGUGCUUGCAAAGCAAGGGGGUAGCAUACCAGGCAUGUGCCCCAUCCCAAAAAUUUCUCUAAUACCAUAUUAUGCCUACCCAAUCCUCACUUCCCGGUCAAGUGCAUCCCGCCCAACCACGCAUGCAUGCACUCAUGCCACAAAGAAAAAUUCCUGGUUGUGCCACUGGUUGUUACACAUAAAUGUAUAGCCGGUGCCUUUAAAUUUCAGGAGGCGUGCAUUAUUCACAAGUUUACUUUCUUUUUUCAUGGCUCUCUUGUUUCAUAUAUUAGUGGUGAUAACACAUAUUAGGCUUCCGUGGAAUCUGACUUUUUAACUUUAUUUAGCCACGUAAUAAGGCCAACCAAAAGCUGUGCAUUUUCACAUAUUUCUUUUAGUAUGCUCAUAUUCAUUACUUUGUCAAAUUUCUUGGUUCCACUGAGAUUAAAUAUGUGGAAGCUGACUGUGUGUGACAAACCGUAGUCUACAAUCAAGUUAACGAUAAACCUUUGUGGUACCACAGGAACCCUUUCCAAUUAGUGUUCAAGAGCAUGUCCUACAAGGACUGCUGACUUAUUUUUUUUUUUUUUCAAUCUGAAUUCUAUGAAUGACAAAAUCUUGUAUUACAUAUUUACUCCUAUUUGUAAACUGUCUUUAAUUUUUGCUAAUACUGAUGUCAGGCAAGUAGUUUUAGUCGGGAAAAAAAUCAGCUCUGUAUGAAGCAUUAACUCGGUCAUUUUGGAGUUUUCCUCUGAAAUGUUUAAUGUUGAAGUUGCUGUGAAACCUAAAGAGCUGUGUCCUGGUACACAAAACAACCAUGACUGAUCCACACAUAUGUGGGCUCUCUGUGACAUCAUGUAAAGUGUGUUUGUAGGAUUUGUACUGUUGCCUAAAAAAUAGGAAAAGAAAAAGGUUGAAUGGAUGUACCCAUAUGUACAACAGUGGGCAGCUAGUAGCUGACAUUUUAAUCUGGCCUCCCUCUAUGGGACAUGCGGGGAGUGCUUUUACGGGUGUUGUAUACAUUAUUGGAAGUGAACUAAGGCUGUUAGCAAGCUCCAUGUCACACAUUGUCAGAUGCUAAAGAAUAAGGGGAAGAAGGCGGGACGGUGAAGGAACAAGGCUUCAAGCGUACUAAUGAAAGUGUAUUUCAAUCCAACCUCGCCCAGAGAGAAGUGCUAGCUGCAAGAUGCUGUCCUACCGUGUAGUGGUAGCUGCUCGCUGUGUUUGCUGUGCCACCUGCAGCCCUCUCCUGUGGCCUGCUGUAGAGAGAGAUGUUCCAGUGUGACUCCCUCUCCCCUUCCUUGUAAAUAGCUCUUACACGAGACGGGACAGGAUGCAGGGAGCUGGAUAUACUCCCACCUGUACAGUGAUCAACAUUGCGCCUUCUGCCUGUCUUGUUUACUCAUACGCCGUGCUGGAGAGAGAAGCGUAAUAUGUGCCAACCUUGGGGGGGAGGGGGUUUUUGUUUCGUACCACUACACAAAUGCAGUAUUCUUUCCCUUCCCCGCACCUUGAAAUGAAGAGAGUGUUAGCGGGGCCAUGUACAUAUUAUAUCCUCGUCACUGUGAAGGCUCUUCGAUAUAAUUGUGCAGUUUUCUUUCAAUUCUCCAGUCUCGUCUCAGCGCGUCAAGAGUCAGCAUAGUGUUAAAAACUGUCUGGAACAGAAUCAUUUUUUUCCCUUGCCAACCUCAUUGUAAACAGUCACCUUCACCUGUUUUUGAUCUCAGCUGUGAGGCGAGAGAUGUUUGCAAGUUCAUGCUCAGAGAAAGGUAAACUUGGAGAAGGCUGCAUUCUUGUACCAAAAAUAUAUAUAUUUUUCUUCACUUGUGACAGUUUUUGCGUCAUUGGUUUUGUAUCUUCAAGGAUCAGUGUGGGCAGUAAGCUGUGUCACAGUGCUUUCUAUUCUCUGUUGAUUUGUUGUUUUUUUUUCUUUUACACUCAUUCAUUUUAGUGGUAUGUUUACAAGCUUUUAAUUUAUGUGUUACCGAGUGUUGUCAAGUGGCAUUUUAUUGAGCAUGCCUAUGAAAUGUAGGUGUUGUGUGAAAGGGCUUUGCACCCUUUGAUACCAUACUGUGUUUAAAAAGAGACAAACUGAGCAAAUGAUCAUGUGCGCCUUUGCAGCUCGAACAUGUCACACAGAAGUCAUGGAAUUAUGUUUCAUCCCUGUCUGUUAUUUGAGUGACAAAUUCCCGAUUGGUACACUGUGUUGGGAGCAUGUAUGCAAAAGAAUGGUAGGUGUAUUUUAGUAGCAAAGACUGAAUCAUCUGUUUCAUGUGUGUGUGGUUCUGCAACAGUUGCAGAGUCAAUACUUUCUGAACAAUAGUAGACAGGGAGGGUUGGUGUGACAAGAGCAGACUUCAGGAAGCGUGUGACAGACAGUUUCUUAUUUGUGAGGCAGCAAACAUUUUAUAUGUCUUAUAUAAGGUCUUUGUUUUUCAAACGCCUGUAACGUUAAUGGUGCAGUUCACCCAACAGUCUGGUGACACUGACACAACGACAGCAUGUCGAGGAUAUGUGCAGGAUGUGUGGAAAUUUUGAUUAUGAUGUUGCUUGGAAUUACUAGGUACAAACGGGCAUCUGGCUUCAGCUUGGCACCAACAUUUCUAGAUCUUCAGAAUGUUUAGGUCAUGGAGCAUAGAAAGUUUAAACAAAAAGCUACCGCUUGUACAAACAAAGUUUGUAGUUUUGUUCAGCUAUCGCUGAAGGGCACAAUGUCAUUUUCUCCCAUACAGGUACAAAAUGAGCAAAAAAGAAAUUGUUAGUAAGUAAUUUGACAAUACUAGUUGCUCACUUUGAAGCAUAGCGACAGAUUGCUUGCUAGAUUUCAUUCUUUUAUGCUACAUUGCCAGUGAUGCUCGGUGAAUGGGCCACAAAUCUGAAGACAUUGUUUUCUCAGUGGAAAACAAAGGUGCAUAUCAGUCUUGCAUUUUUGCUAAUUUGCAUUGUGCAGUUCAACCACAAGUGUUCUGUGCACCUUUAUAGCAACAUUUACCUAUACCUUGAUUUUGUUUACAUUAAAUGGAAUAAAAUCCUCUGAAUCAAUAGGAACCACACUUCUUUUUUAGCUUUUUUUAUAAAUAUUUUGUAGUGGUAAAGUAAUAGUGUAUGGGGGAAAGUGCUUUUUGGUUUUAUGCGUUUACACAUGACUGAGUCAUUUUUAGCAUUGAUGUGCAUGCAAGCUCACUGUUUCUUAGUGUUGCAAAACAUAUGUAAGGAUUUAUUCAUAGGCCUGAGAUGUCAUUUGUGGUUGUUACAUCACCCAUCAACUGUCUGGUCUAAAAAUCAAAACUUUUCUUUAGAGACACUGCUGUCAGAAGUGAUGUGCUCUUUGUUGUUCCUAGCAGGGCAGACACAGGAGUGCAUGCUUGCAUUUUAGCUAUGUGCAAUGAAUCCUGCCCGAGGUUACGUGCAUUAGGUGCUUUUUGUUUCCUUUCAAAAGAAAGAAAUAGAAUGAGAAAGAACUGUAACCACUAUGUCUGCUGUUUCUCAUUUGUUUCUAGAGGUUGUGUGCAAUUUUUGAGAAAACUGGAAUGUGUACUUGCACAUGUUGUCAUGAUCACAAGUCUGUCUGUUGCAUAUCCCAUUUUCAAAGAUUGAUGUGUUCACUUGAUGCUAUAUGUUUGUAUCAACUGUUUUUUUUUUUAAGUGUACCAUGAGUGGGCAGCUUUGGAGAAUGAGAGAACUGAGCAGAUAGGUUUGCAGAUGUAAUGAAAAAGAAUGUUGCAUUUUUCAUUUGAGUUCAUGGCUGGAGGAGUGCUGUAAUGAUUAAAAACAAAUGAAACUA